UUUACCAUAACUAUUUGUUGCUUAUCAUUGAUUAUAAUUUUAAUUUUAUCAAUAUUGAAUCUUAAAUAUUAUAAGAUCCACUUUAGUUUAAAUUCUGGUGUCAAACAGACUAUUCGUAAAUCGUAAUAUAACACAACGUACCUACUCUUCGAGGUACCGUUUAAUACCACUCGGUAAUAUAAGAAUGGUGGUAGAAAUCCGUCUCCGCCGCGCGGGUGCGACGAGGACGUCCGUGCAGACGGCCACGGCAUUGCUGUUGGUGUUCCUACUCCAGGCUCCCGGAACCCGGGCCGUCACGGACGACAUGCUGAAGAUCGCGUGCUCUGACAUGACGCCCAGACACCCGGGUUACCGGCCGGAAAACGUGCAGGGUGUGCCGUGCCCGUACCGGCUGAUGGUAGACCCGUCCACGCCGGUAGUGCCCGGUAAUCUGGUGAACUUGACACUCACGUCCGUCGGCACGACCAUGCCAUUCAAGGGGUUCAUGGUGCAAGCCCGCGACGUCAACGGACGAGCGAUCGGCACGUUUUUGCCGGAAUGCCGGAACGCGACGAAACAUCACAUGAUCACCUGUUCCAACGGCGAAGAGCCUUACAACGCAGUGGUCCAGUCAAAUAACAAAUAUAAAUUAAAGGAUACUUUUACAUGGAUAGCUCCAUUAUCACUUAAAGGAUCUUUUCGAUUUAAGUUCACAGUUGUGUUAAAUUUUGAACAUUUCUGGACUAAUCAAGAAACUGAGGAUAUUCCAGUAGCUAAACUUUCAAAAGAAGAAUUUGAAUUAAAAAACUCUUUUAAUCAUGAAUACUAUAUUUAUAAUUUGUAUAUUCAAAACUGCUUUGUUUAAUUAAAUCCAAAAAUAUAUGUCAAAUAGUAAAUAUUAAGAAAAGUAUUUGUAAUUCAUAAUAUAUAUUUAUAUAUUUUAUUUUAAAUUUUAUAAUGUCAUAAUAAAAUUAUAAUUUAUAAAAUAGAUGAAUAUUCCAAUAGUUAUAAAAAAAUGUUAAACUAUAUAUAAUAUGCACCUAAAUAGUGUCGAGCGCACGUGCCACAUUUAUUACUGUAUAUACGUACUCAUUUUUUAUCUAUUUUAAUAACAACACGAUUUUAUGA